UUUCGUUUUUUUUUUUCGUCGUCUGGGCUGACAAUUCAAGUCUGUUUGUUGAUUGUGGCUAUAUAAUACGAUAUUCGAAUAUUGAACCAUUCUUUGGAUCGUUCUACAAUGAUUGCGCAGAACCCGAUCGAGUUCAUUUCGUCGAGAGAACAUUAUUAUUAUAUAUCGCCCGACCGAGAGAAUCAAUCAACCAUUCGAAAAUCUCAAGAAAAUAAUAGAAUGAAUGAAUAACUUCGAACACAUCGAGCCAACUGAAAUAUUUGUCAAUUAUAAACCAUGAAAUUGUCUAUCCAUCAAUGUCAAUAAAAAACAAACAAAUGGAUCCCGAUCACUUUCAUCACUAAUUGCCAUCAUAUGUUGUUAUCAAAUCAUUUGAAUUAUUGAUCAAAUUGCAAGCUUCCAAACAAAUAAAAUCAAAUAAUCGUCUAUACAAAAAUGCGAAUAUUACAAUGCCAGCUUCGUGGAAAUUUACUUUUCCUAUUAUUCCUGUCCAUCUCGGUUUUAAUUCCAAUCAUCCGAUGCUAUGAAAAAACCAUCCAAGAUAUUGCCAAAAAAUUUGGACUCCAAAUGCUUAACAUUGGCUAUGAGAAAACUUGUUUCUCCAAAAUAAGCGAGAAUUUCCAGAAACAUCGUUCCGAAGUUAAACAGAUUGAUGCAUCCAAAUUAAUGAAUGAUAUGCGACAAGAAUUAAUCAAUAUGUUCAGUUUGAAACAAGAAGCAGCCGAACGUAUUGCAAUUGAGACGGAAAAAUUGGCCGAAAAAUAUGCCUAUCAUAAAAAUGGCGACACUGUUGUUAAUUAUUAUAAUGUUAAACGAAUCUAUGAUGAUCGUUAUGGUGAACCAAAUGUACCAGAUCUAUACAAUUAUCAAUCACUAGCCUUAAGUCAUCAUCCUAAUUUUGAAGAUUCAAAAGUCAAUCUUCAACAUAGCGCCAUUCAUGUGCCUAUAAAUGUUUAUGAACAAGCUUCCGAUAUACAAAACGAUAUAAAAUGGACCGAAACAUUGGCAGAAACUUUUAUCAAUAAUCUUGCUUAUGAUUCAUCACUUUCAUGGCAGUUUUUCUGCUCAAGCAAAGGAUUUCUACGUGAAUAUCCGGCAUUUCAAUGGAAACUUGCCGGUGAUUCGACAACGAAAACACCCGACCUCUAUGAUUGUCGUAUGCGACAAUGGUAUAUACAAGCUGCAGCAUCACCAAAAGAUAUUGUGAUUCUAUUAGACACUAGUGGAUCGAUGACUGGUCUACGAAAAAAUAUUGCACAAAAUGUUGUAUUCAAUAUUCUCGACACACUUACCGAAGAUGAUUUUGUCCAGGUUUUAAAGUUCACAAACGAAAUAAAAUAUGUCAACAAAUGUUUUGAUCGAAUGGUUCAGGCUACCAAACGAAAUAUUCGGGAAAUUAAAAAUCAAUUGGAAGGUUUCAAAACUUCCGAUAUAGCCAAUUUUACAUUGGGUUUCAUUGAAGCCUUUAAAGUGCUUAAUAAUUUUGAAAAACAAAAGAAAGGUGCUCAAUGUAAUCAGGCCGUUAUGUUGAUAACGGAUGGUGCACCAGAAACAUAUGAACAUAUUUUCCUCAAAUACAACCAUAAUGCUAAAAUUCGUGUAUUCACUUAUGUGAUUGGCCGUGAAGUUACACAGAUACAGGAAGUAUAUUGGAUGGCCUGUAAUAAUCGUGGAUUUUAUGCUCAAGUCGCAAAUCUAGCCGAAGUUAGGGAACAGGUUCAACAAUAUAUACCGGUCAUGAGUCGACCAUUAGUAUUAUCAGCUCAACGAUUUUUUACAUGGACACCCGUUUAUGCACCAGUUUCGGAAAUUCAAUUAACCGAUUGGAUAUGGGAAGAACGAGUAAAAGCAGUGAAAAUGAAAUUCCUCAAACAAAUGCAACAACAACCGAUACCGAUACUUGAAGAAGAAGAUGAUGAAGAGAAAAAAGUGAAUGAAACUUAUGUUACCGAAGUGAUUGUCGAUGAAGAUCUUCCGUUAUCAGCGGCAGCAGCAUCACAUUUACAGCAAACAGCUAAUAGCAUCAUGAAUAAUGUUGAUAUUCUUCGCCAAAGACGUUCGAAUAUUGAACAUGAAAUGGCAAAAUUACCUGAAAGAAAAAAGAAAAUACCAUUACGAGUAACAUUAUCGACACCUGUUUUCAAUCAUCGUAAAUAUAUAAAUAUUACACGAAAAAUUUUGGUCAAAAAUGUUUACAAAGAUUCUGAUCCUGAAUCGAUACGAAUCGCUCAAUUACAUGGCGUAGCCGGUAUCGAUGUUCCCAUACGUGAAAUUGAAAAAGCUGCUUCUUCUUAUCAGUUAGGAGUAAAUGGAUAUUCUUUUAUGCUGACCAACAAUGGUAAAGUGCUUUAUCAUCCUGAUUUCCGACCAAUCUUCCAAGACAUGCUGAAACCAUAUUAUACAUCAAUUGAUUUAAACGAAGUGGAAAUUUCCAAUGAAACAUUCAAAUCACGAUGGGUGGAUCCGAUCAUAAAUACUGUCCGCAAUGAAAUGAUUGAUGAAAAGAUAGGCCAUCAAAAAAUAUUCAUCAAAACACAUCUGGAUUUUAUGAAACGACCAGUUUUCAAGUUGCAACAUUAUUUCUAUGGAAAAAUCGAUAAUACACCAUUUAGUUUUGCAAUUGUUUUGCCAGAACCAUAUGGCUCUUAUCGAUUUAAAGGUCAAGUGGAUUUGAAAAGUGAAUCAAAACGAGAAAAUUUCACACGAUUUUUUGAGGGAAAUAAUUGGCGUAUUCAUCCGGAUUGGAUUUAUUGCGAAAGUCCUCAUAAAUUAUCCGGAAUUGUGCCUAGAACACCAGAAGAUGCUAUACUACAAUUUCUCAAUUAUGAUUUGGCCACUAAUUCGUUCGUAUGGAAAACAUCGAUGCCAAUACCACGACGUUAUGAUAAUGUUACAUGUGACAAGGAUCUUAUUCAAAGUUUAAUAUUCGAUGCAAAAAUGACACAUACAUUCGAAGAAUGUAGUAAAUUCAGCCUUCAAUUCAAUCAACAAGAUCAAAAAACCAUCGAUAUUGCCAGUGCAUUCGUAUCGACAAGAAGUGGAAUGACAAGAUUCAAAACAGUCGAUGACAAUGAUAUUGAUAAUAAGACAGAUAAUGAUUUAUUCUCUCGAUCAAUCGAUGAAGUUUAUUAUCGUAGAGCGGUCGAUUUCUAUUAUAAUGAUAGUAAAGCAUUCGUAUAUUCGAUACCGUUUGAAGCCGGCUAUAAAGAGCCGAAUUUUCUUGUUACUUCCAGUCAUGCUAUAUUCGUUGGUAGCGGAAAAAUGAGUGCACCAGUGGCUGUUGUCGGUGUCCAAUAUAAUUAUUCAUCAUUUUAUUCAACAUUUUUCAAAAUUGCCGAUCAUUAUAAAUUGAAUUGUCUUUCGGAUGAAAUCAAUUGUUUUGUAUUGGAUAAUAAUGGCUUUGUUAUUGUCAGUGACAUUUAUCAACAUGCUGGCCUUUUCCUGGGUGAAAUUAAUGAUGAUCUAUUUGAGAAUAUGGUUCAUGAACAAAUCUAUCGUCGAACUAAACUAUAUGAUUAUCAAGCAAUCUGUAUUCGGAUAACACCGUUUUGGACAUCGGCUUCAAAUUGGCUACAAACACCGUGGAAUCAUGCUAAACAAAUUUUUUCGUGGCUUGCAACAAACAUCAUUACUUAUUUAACAUUAUUAUUCAACAAUUAUUCAUUGGCUCUAAAUGACGACAUGGCCAUGAGUAUGGAGGAAACGGAUUAUGAAACUGAUUCAUUCGACAUAAAAUUCAACAAAAGUAAUCCAAAACCAUGCGAUAAAGAAUUCAAUCUAUAUGAAUUGAUUAGCUUUAGUAAUCAAACACGUAAAUAUUCCUAUACAUGUGAACCCGGUAUCUGUACAAGGACAUAUUAUGUGCAAAAUAUUCCACAUUCAAAUCUUAUCCUAUUGGUACUAUUAAAAACAUGUCAUUGUUUUGAAAAUUCAGCCCGUUUUGAACCGAAAGAAUGUGAAUUAACAGAAGAUGAAGCAUGUGAAAUGUCACGUGCGGAAAAGUUUCGUAAAGGUCCAGAUGUAUGUCACAAAGAACAUGAACAGGAAGAAGAAAUUAAAUAUUGUGGCAAAGCAAUAAUGCUACAGCAAUCAUUCCCAUUGAUUUUAUUAUUGGUUUCCGCACUACUUUACACACAUUUAAUAUGGCAAGAAUUGUUGUUUUGAUCAUCAUCACUUGUAUUUAUUUUGAUUUAAUUCAGGUGUGAUUUUUUUUUGUUUUAAUUGUGUGAUUUAUUAAUAAUUAUAAUGAUAAUUAAUAUAUAUUAAAAUAUACAAUUUAUUUCUCGCGUCUUUCGUCAAGAUGUGUUGGUAAAUGAUGAAGACAUCGUAUUUUUAUCGUGUUUUAAAUUUGUCUCGAGUUUGAUUCUACCAUUUCCAGCAACUUAUCAUCGUCAAUCUCUUGAGGUCGGCCAGAUCUGGAAAAAGAAGCGUUGAACAUGAUACGAACAGGAGAAGAUGUUGAUUCGGAACGAAAAACAGCAUGAUGUGGAAUAAAGUAACCAUCAAUAUCAUUUACUUCCACAGCUUGACCGGAAGAAACAUAUUUCAUAAAUUCGGCACGAUAUAAUUCAUAAGAAUUUUGAUCAUGUAAACGAUUAACCAAUUUGUUUAGUAACGAUAGAGCUUCUGAAUAAUUUGAUGGAGGACGAAUAUCAGAUAUUCCCAUUUGAGUGAUUUCAAUGGAUCAAUUUUUGUUAUUCGUAGGAGCAUAUAAGAUAAGAUAAGAUAAGAUAUAAUAAUAAGAUCACAAUGAGGAAGAUUAGGAAUCACAUUAGCAUCAAUUGAAAAUUGAAUAACAUCAGACUCAAGAACAACAGAGAUUUUCUUAUUUGACAUGGUAACCGAGCCACCAGAGAAACCAGAUAAACAUAUCGGUGGAGCAGAAACACAAUCGUUUAAAUUAACUAAAUUAUUUCGGAUUAACGUAAAAGGCGAACAUGUAUCGAUUCAGACCAUGCAUUUACGACCACUGAAAUUAAUAAUGAAUGCCGGACAACAGUAACAAUAAAUUAUAAGACAUCUACUAAAUUAAUUAUAUCAACAAAUCAACAAUUAUUGUUUUUUAAAAAAAUUUUAUAAUCACACGUUUUUGUUGUUCGAAUAUUAGUGCGGAAAUCGGAAAUGAAAAACAUGAUUGGCAUAAAUGAAAUAUGUAAACAGAGAAUGCGCUUGAACCUUGCGGUACACAGAUGACAUGAUGAGAGGGGAAUAAAUUCUGAUUAAACGAUGAUAAAAUCAA